GAGCAGGAAAUGAGUGUGGGUGCAGGGCUGCUAUUUGUUGUCUUCUUGGAAUAUUUGUGCUGUCUAAUAGCACACAGCCUUCCCCCUCCUCCCACAUUGCCUGACUGACUUCCCACAGCCUCCCUUUGCCGCCUCGUACUGUGUGUGUGAGAGAGAGUUUAGUGGGACUGACUGGGAUCAUAUUACAGAGCUGUGAGCGGCGAGGUGAUCAUCCUGUAAGCAGCUGCUGGACGAGGAGUGGCUUGGAGCCUCAGACCUGGAUUUUGUGAAGCCCCUGCUCCUAAAAUGGCUGUCAGAUCUCACUACCAGCAGGGAUAUGGAGUAGAGGACACAGUAUGGGAACAGUACACUGUCACACUACAAAAGGAUCUAAAAAAAGGAUUUGGCAUUGCGGUUUCUGGAGGGAGAGACAAUCCACAUUUUAAUAAUGGGGACAACUCCAUUGUAAUUUCAGAUGUGCUUCUAGGAGGACCUGCAGAUGGCUGCCUGCACGAGAACGACCGUGUUCUUAUGGUAAAUGGAACCCCUCUGGAUAAUGUGCCGCAUUCGUUUGCAGUUCAGCAACUAAGAAAAUGUGGAAAGACAGCUGUUCUGGUGGUAAGAAGACCACGAAGAGUCCAAAUGGGUGUUCCAAGCAAAUCUGAGCCUGCUUUGGAUAUGAUGGAUGACUAUCCAGAAUUUGAAAACAGAACAACUUACAGUGCAUAUAGUGAUAGGAGUGUAGAUCCAAACCCAGGCUACAGAAGAGACCAGGAGAGGGCUGCUUAUCAUGAAAGAGAUCAAAGAGGAUAUGGAGCCCGUGCGAGAAGUGUUGACCAAGAUCUUAAUGCUGGCUAUGUACUUAAACCAGAAUAUAGUCGUGGCAGAAGUAUGGAGCGAGGCCUUGAUGAUGAACAGAACUACCGGAAAGACCACAGCCGUGGCAGAAGCAUAGACCGUGGUCUGGAUGAGGAUCGUGGGUACAGAAGAGAGAGAAGUCGAGGCAGGAGUCUUGACCGAGACUUGGAUGAACCGCGAACCUAUGAAAAGGAUAGCAGUCGUGGAAGAGCCUUAGAUAAAGAUGAAUACUAUGAUAAAAAUGCCCAGAACAGCCCAGAGAGAGGUUAUGCUAGGAGGGCUUCACCUGACCGCAAAUAUGAAAAAGAAUUGCAGAAAAGUCAAAGUCGAGACAGACUUCAGUCCCCUAGCCCAUCUUCUUCAGACACAACUACAAGUGUUCUCUUAACAAAGAAAAAGUCAAAUGAAGAAUAUGGGCUUCGGCUUGGAAGUCAGAUUUACAUUAAGGGAUUGACAAGCACUGGCUUGGCAGCAAAAGAUGGCAAUUUGCAUGAAGGGGAUAUUGUUCUCAAGAUCAACGGUAUUUUGACAGAGAACAUGUCUUUAACUGAAGCCCAGGCUUUGAUCGAGAAAUCGCGUGGGAAGCUUCAGCUGGUGGUCCUGAGAGACAAAAAGCAGACUUUGAUCAACCUGCCUUAUGUGGAAGACAGUGAUUCAGAAAUGGAAGAUGAUCCUCCUUAUUCAAACAAAAGAAGAAAUCCAAGGUCCAAAGAGCAGUAAACAAAGGUCUGUGUUGUGGGUGCGAGAUCAAAUUUUUCUUUUUUUUUUGCUAACCAAAGAUGUACAUGUACUUAAGCACACAAAAUAUUUGUAUUUUGUAUUCCAUUAAAGACUAAUUCUUAACAAAAAAA